AAGGCGUUCUUUGCCAUUAAGAGCACAUCACCUGAUAACAUGAUGCGAAGUAGCCCACUGGGCAUGUACUAUGUGAACACUUACCGCAAUAUGCUAUACCUCCACAAGGCAGCAAAAAAAAAGAAAAAGGGAAACAGCUUGGCACCAAAUUAGUGGACCCACAUUUGUAUGACAAUCUUCACAAUUCUGGGCGAUAAAAUUGGCCGGAACACUUGUUUUGGCUGAGCAGAAAAAAAAUACGUAAAGAGAGCCUCGGACAGUAGCGCGAACAGAAGCGAGAGCAGAGCAGAGCUAAACGAAGCGUAAAAGGAGCACGCAGCGGUUCUCCUCCAGCCAAACUGCCCUUUCCCCCACAUCACGCCGGUUAAUCACGUCGGUUCAUCACGUCGGUUCAUCACAUCGGUGCAUCCCAUCUGAACAUCCCGUCUGUAAAUCUCACCUCUGCUCCACCCCCCUACCAGCAAAAUGUCGGUGCUUCCAACCACCCCCCCAUACAACAAGGAAAACAAGUUCAUGACAGACAUCAAGAAAUUUAUGAACCAAAAGAUUCGCGUCAAGUUCGAUGGCGGAAGAGAAGUUGUUGGCAAUUUAAUUGGCCACGAUGCCAUCUUCAACUUGGUGCUCGACAAAACGGAGGAGUAUAUAAGAGACCCGAAUGACAGCUUCGUCAUAACGGAGAAAACGAGGAGCAUCGGCUUGGUCGUCGCCAGGGGGACAUCGAUCGCGCUAAUAACGCCAGUGGACGGCACGCAAGAAAUCGCCAACCCCUUCAUAUCGGAACAGAAGUGAAGCCCAAUUGUGCAUAGGACGGGGCCCCUCGUGCAGACCCCCUCAGCGCUUUUAACCUCGCACAUUAUGUAGUUUUUUUUAUUUUUUUGCACCUGCUUAUGUAAACCUCAAAAACGAAAACUUCGCCCCAGUGUGGUGGCACCAUUUUGAAUAUAAUUUUUUU